AUGCAGCGGAGAACAGUUACAAACAGCGAAGAACAGUUACAUACAGUGGGGAACAGUUACAAACAGCGGAGAACAGUUACAAACAGCGAAGAACACGAAGAACAGUUACAUACAGUGGGGAACAGUUGCAAACAGCGGAGAACAGUUACAAACAGCGAAGAACAGUUACAUACAGUGGAGAACAGUUAUACACAGCGGCAAACAGUGGGGAACAGUUACAAACAGCGGAGAACAGUUACAAACAGCGAAGAACAGUUGGAUAGCGUUGAUAUUGGAGCUGCACUGCACUGUGCUUAG